AUGGGCUCAAACACAAGCCGUGUGGAGCUAGCCGGAAGACGAAUUCCUUCUCCAUUCUCUUCUCCGUUGAGCUCUCUUCUUUCUUUCAAGCUUUUAAUUCUUCUCGGAGCUCGGAUUCUUCGUACCGAGAACUUGAACCAAGUUCAGUUAAUUAGGAUUAGGAUAUAUCCUCUGAUACUUGCACAAGAACUGCUUGGAAUAAGCAAAGGACAAGUUUGUGUGCUGUGUGCUGUGUGCUGUGUGCUGUGUGCUGUGUGCUGUGUGCUGUGUGCUGUGUGCUGUGUGCUGUGUGCUGUGUGCUGUGUGCUGUGUGCUGUGUGCUGUGUGCUGUGUGCUGUGUGCUGUGUGCUGUGUGCUGUGUGCUGUGUGCUGUGUGCUGUGUGCUGUGUGCUGUGUGCUGUGUGCUGUGUGCUGUGUGCUGUGUGCUGUGUGCUGUGUGCUGUGUGCUGUGUGCUGUGUGCUGUGUGCGCUGUGCGCUGUGCGCUGUGCGCUGUGCGCUGUGCGCUGUGCGCUGUGCGCUGUGCGCUGUGCGCUGUGCGCUGUGCGCUGUGCGCUGUGCGCUGUGCGCUGUGCGCUGUGCGCUGUGCGCUGUGCGCUGUGCGCUGUGCGCUGUGCGCUGUGCGCUGUGCGCUGUGCGCUGUGCGCUGUGCGCUGUGCGCUGUGCGCUGUGCGCUGUGCGCUGUGCGCUGUGCGCUGUGCGCUGUGCGCUGUGCGCUGUGCGCUGUGCGCUGUGCGCUGUGCGCUGUGCGCUGUGCGCUGUGCGCUGUGCGCUGUGCGCUGUGCGCUGUGCGCUGUGCGCUGUGCGCUGUGCGCUGUGCGCUGUGCGCUGUGCGCUGUGCGCUGUGCGCUGUGCGCUGUGCGCUGUGCGCUGUGCGCUGUGCGCUGUGCGCUGUGCGCUGUGCGCUGUGCGCUGUGCGCUGUGCGCUGUGCGCUGUGCGCUGUGCGCUGUGCGCUGUGCGCUGUGCGCUGUGCGCUGUGCGCUGGGAGGUAGGGGGCUUGGCUUGGCUAGUUGGCUUAAGGAUGAUAUUGGAUGUUGGUUGUGAUGUGGACAGGAAGGAGGCGGUGGCUGGUGUUGUUGGUUGUGGUGGAGGUGGUUUUGCUGAUCAGUUGUCGUAG